GCUGGCCCAAGUGGGAAGUUCAACAGUCAGAUCCAUGUGGAGUACAUGUGGGAGACACAGAGCCAGGACCUGUACGACAGCGAAGAUGACCUGGAUGAGAGGGUGAACCCCUUACACCGGAACCUACGCUCCCCUCUGCCCUCCAAAGCCUCGCCCUCCCGUUGGAGCUUCGCCAACGCCCCUGUGGCGUGUAAGACCUACGAAAACGUGGACUUCCUUUACCGUAACCCUCCCAAUAGUGCUCCAUCUGGCAUCCUCAUGCCCCCGCCCCCUCUGCCCGCUAAAGCCAUCAUGAGAGGUCGCUCGGACCCCCAGAUCUCCUUGUCCACCCAGGAGGGGGUAAGCAACAGGUGCAGCUGCUCCAACCCAGCCCCACAGUCCAGCCCCCCCUCCCCCAUGCUGGAGGGUCAGGGGGGGCGACCACCCAAAUCACCCCACGGCCAGGGCAUCCUGGUGAGGGGACAGAGACAGACCGCAGCCUGGGAGGGUCAGGCCAAUACUGGGUCAGGGUCCUCAGACAGAGACAGCACCAAGUCUAACAGUAGUUCCAGCUCCCCUCAGAACCACAUAGGACCUGUCAGCUCAGAGAAAACAACAUCGUACCGGCGGACCAGCAGCGGAGGACAAGGGAAGUGUUCUGUAGCCAUGACCUCAGCCGUGACCUCAGCUGUGACCUCACCCAGCUGUGUGGCACUGGGCAGCCAGGAGGAGCUGUACUGCAGUGUGGUACCUACUGGUCCCGCCCCCGGCGCCACACCUGCAGCCUCCUCCUCUCCUAUCACUGUGCGCCCUCGCAGAAACGCUAUGGUGUCUCAGAGGAGGCCUACCCAGAAGAGGGUCAAGGCGCUGGUGGACUGCAGAGCCGUCAGCUCGGACCAGCUGGCCUUUUUCAAGGAUGAGGUCAUCGUGGUCACAGCCACCGAGGACCCCCACUGGUGGGUCGGCCACAUCGAGGGCUAUCCAUCCAGAAGUGGGACAUUCCCUGUGAACUAUGUCCAUAAACUAGGGGACUGACUAGUCAUACACAGGACGCCCUAGCACCUACCCUAGCCUAGCCCCUACCCUAGUCUAGCCUAGCCCCUACCCUAGCGCCUAGC